GGGAGCCGGGAAGGCUCAACCCGCGCUCUCCUCCCCCGCCCUUCCCCACCUCCUGCCCUCGCCCGCUCCUCCUCCCUCACCCCUGGAGAGGCGAGCGCUCAGCGGGAGCUGCUCGGAUAGGGAGCGGGAGCUGCCGCCGCUCGAGCUUCAACAUCUGGUGGCAGCUGCAGACAGAAUAUCGGAUCCUCAUUUACAGAGUCCCCUUGUAUUCCAAGUGACAAAGGCUGUUGAGGUGGGAAGAAUAACUCAGGAAAGGAUUUGCCUUGGUUUGUUUCACUUUGAGAAGAGAAGAACCCAGGAACACUGAUGAUCUAAGAAAUACAAACACUGAUACUCAAUUUGUUUUGUGAUCCUGCCUUUCUGCUCAGCUGGACCUCGGUGACGCUCUCCCUUCUUUUGCGUUUGAGAACAUUUUUCUUUGUAUGUGGAGCUGAGACCUGGGAAUGCGUUAUUAUGGCAGCAGUUGUACAGCAGAAUGAGCUUGUGUUUGAAUUUGCCAGCAACGUCAUGGAGGAUGAGCAGCAGCUUGGUGAUCCAUCCAUUUUCCCUGCUGUCAUCGUGGAGCAUGUUCCUAGUGCCGAACUCCUACAUAACUACUCUGGCUUAACCUGUGUGGAUGAACCUAGUGACAUGAUCACUGAAAACUCUCUGGACGUCGCAGAAGAGCAAAUCAUAGAAGAUGAUGAUAUAACCCUCACAGUUGAAGCAUCUUGUCAUAAUGGAGAUGAAACAAUGGAAACAAUCGAGGCUGCUGAAGCACUUCUCAAUAUGGACUCCCCUGGUCCUAUGCUGGAUGAAAAAAGAAUAACAACUAUGUUUGGCACAGCUGAAGAGGAUGACAUGGUGGCUCCUAUUACACAUGUGUCAGUCACACUUGAUGGGAUCCCUGAGGUGGUGGAAGCCCCAGACCCUUAUGCUGAAUCACCAGAGACUCCAGAAUUUGAACAACCAAGGAAGAGAAAAGGGAAAAAACCGAAACCAUCUCGUUCUGAGUCCCCUACUACAACUCCAAACAUAUCUGUGAAAAAGAAAAACAAAGAUGGAAAGGGAAAUACAAUUUAUCUCUGGGAGUUCUUACUAGCACUGCUCCAGGACAAAGCUACGUGUCCUAAAUAUAUCAAAUGGACUCAAAGAGAGAAGGGCAUUUUCAAACUGGUAGAUUCCAAGGCUGUGUCCAGGUUGUGGGGAAAACACAAAAACAAACCUGACAUGAAUUAUGAAACAAUGGGUAGAGCUCUCAGAUACUAUUACCAAAGAGGAAUCCUGGCUAAAGUAGAAGGUCAGCGUCUAGUGUACCAAUUUAAAGAAAUGCCAAAAGAUCUCAUCUAUAUUGAUGAUGAGGAUGCGAGCCCUAGCACUGAAUCAUCAGAUUCAACUCUGCUCUCAACUGCGGUGGCCAACAGAAACCAAUCAAGCAGAACUAGAGCAUCUGCAAACGCAGGAACAAAGGGAGGAUCAACCGCGAUGCUAAAAACAGGAAACGCAAAGCCUGCUAAACUGAAGGAGCAUGUAGAAGUUGGACAGCAGCAGACACCUGGCUUGACUUCAGAAGUUUUGAGGACAAUGCAAUCUCCGCAGCCAGUACAAUCCACUCAGCUUUUUCGGACAGUUCAUGUAAUGCAGCCAUUGCAACCCCUCACAGAAGGACAUGCAGCUGUAACCAGUAAUGUUCCGGAUGAACCGUUGAAUUCCUCGGUUCAGAAUAUAAGGACUUUACAGACUCCAGCCCAGGUUCCAGUGGUUGUUUCUCCUGGAAAUCAGCAGCUGCAUACUGUAACACUCCAGACAGUGCCUCUUACUACAGUGAUAGCCAGCACAGAUCCAGCCUCAGUAACAGCGGCCCAAAAAUUCAUUUUACAAGCCAUUCCUACUUCACAACCCAUGACGGUUCUUAAAGAAAAUGUCAUGGUACAGUCUCAGAAGCCAGUCUCGCCUCCUUCCUCAAUUGUGCUGAGCCCAGCACAAGUUCAGCAGGUGCUCACCAGCAGUGUGCAGACAAUUUGCAAUGGAACAGUCAACAUGGCUUCGUCUCCAUCCUUCAGUGCCACUACCCCCGUGGUGACGUUUUCGCCUAGCAGCUCCCAGGUGAUGUCUCAUCCGUCAGGCACAGUGAUCACUUCGGUUAUUAAAGCACCAGAAUCCAAACAGGUUGGCGUACAAGAAGCAGUGAAGGAAGGGGGUGACAAAUCAGACAAUACUGAGCAGUCGGAGCAGAGUUUCCAGCAGCAGCCAUUUGUGAUGGUAGUGUCCAGUUCGAAUGGUAUCCCAUCUAACAUGCAAGUGAAGCAAGAAAAUGAGCCAUUGGAACCCAAUUUGUAUUAAGAAUUAAAUAAUUAAAAAAAAAAGACCCUGUGGAUGAUUAUUUUCAUAAAUGUGAUGGGACCUUUUCAGUUAUGUAUAUAUGAUUUGAUUUUGAAGCAAAAUGUUGCAAAGCUACUUAAUUUCUGCAGUUAAUUGUUAGAAUUCAUGCUUUAGGAUGGAUUUUGAUUUUCUGUUAAUUGCUAAGUGUUAUCAUAUCAAUAAAAUUAUAUAUUACUCAUUUUUCAAAAUACAGGCAUGAAGAAACAUGCUUUUUAUGCUAUGAAGACUUUCUCCUGAGGUUGUUGGCCAAAGUUUCAAACUUCUUAUUUUACGUUUUCAGUCUGUUGCUGAUUUACAUUGUUAUUGUAACUUUUUCUGUUUAAUCUGUAUGUGUAUCACUUAACUCUUGAAGCAGCAGUUACUUUUAGUGAGACAGUUUCAUUCCAUGUGUUUGAAUUUUUAUGACUAUUUGUUUCAUACCAGUGAAUUACAUCAGUUUUAGAAUUGAUAACCAGGUAUCCUCUUGCAUUUUUGCAGCACAAGCUCUUGUGUGUGCAAAAUAGAAUAUACACUCCUAUUGAGAGUACACAAAACAUAUAUUCCAGUAAUGGACAAUGCCAUGUCUAUAUUUUAUAUGAAAACAUUGGAUAUAUUUAAUUACAGAAGCUAAUGGCAUCACUACAGGUGCAAAUAUUUCAUGCCAUUUUGUGACUAUGAAGCUUAACAAUCUUGCUUUCUACUUCAGAUUAUUUUGUAAGGGGGGAGGGAAAUGAAAUAUAUACAAUUUAUGCAGGUUUUUGGAGAUUAAUACUGCAAAGAGUUCUUUUUUUUUUUUGAUUGUAAAUAGUGUACAUUCAAUGUCGCAGGGAAGUUUUUUCAGCUAAUUUGUUUCCAUACAAAUUUUUGAUAGAUGCAAAUAAGAUCAUUAUGUUUAGAGGUCUAAUGUUAUAUGUAUUCAUAUUACAGAGUGAAUUUGUAUUUAAGGACAAAUUUUUAAAUGAUGGAGCCCACUGAACCUUGGGUCCUUUCUUUUGUAUUUUUAAUUGGUUUAUUAUGAAAAUAAAUCAAAUGAAAAA